AGCUGACGACUCUGCAUGGCAAAAAAGAUGUCGCGUUUUGUUGGGACAACGAUUUUGCUGGUGCUGCUGCCAGCGCUAGCUCUGUGCAGCUACCCCUGGCCGGACAAUGUCACACAACACAAAGGCUACAUCGAGGUCAACAAAACGCACGGGGUGAACCUAUUCUACUGGUUCUUCGAGAGUCGGAGCAACCCGGCCAGCGAUCCUCUGGUCGUGUGGCUGACUGGAGGCCCAGGUUGCUCCUCUGAACUGGCUCUCCUGACGGAAAAUGGGCCCUUUCUCAUCAACGGAACAGCGGACCCCGUCUACAACCCUUACGGCUGGAAUGCAGUCUCCAACCUCCUGUAUGUCGACCAGCCUGCAGGAACCGGGUUUUCCUACGUGACAAACCCGCUCGGCUACGAGACAAACGAGCGGCAGAUAGCCACGGAGCUGUGGGAUUUCAUUCGUCAGUUUUAUCAGCUUUACCCCAAGUACUCCACCCUGGAUCUCUAUAUCUUUGGAGAGAGCUACGCUGGCCACUAUGUUCCGGCAACAGGGCAGGUUAUUGUUGAGAGCAACUCUAUCUAUGCCAAGAACCUCAAGGGUAUAGGCAUCGGGAAUGGAUGGGUGGACCCUUUGCUCCAGUAUGCUGAUUACUCUAAGUACAUGUUGAUGGAGGGUCUCAUCGACCAGUCCACAGCAGACGCAGCUGCUGACCUGUACACGGGUUGUAAGGAUCUUAUUGACUUGGGGCUCUACGGCCCUGCCUUCUUUGAAUGCCAGUUUAUUGAGAGUUUUGUACUUGGAGCUGCGGAGAUAAAAGCGGGACGAAGCAUCAAUGUGUACGAUAUCCGUGAGAAGUGUGAGCAUCCCCCACUCUGCUACAAUAUGGACAACAUCACAGAGUUUCUAAACAAACCGGAGGUAAUGGAGGAUUUGGGGGUCAAGAGGAAGUGGGAGGCCUGCAGGAAAAUUGAAGAGCUCUUACUGAUAGGUGACUGGGUGCACAGUUUCCAAAGCGCAGCUGGGAUCGUUCUCGGCCACGGACGACGGGUGGUCGCGUACAGCGGAAAAGACGACUUCAUAUGCAACUACCUCGGAGGGAAGGAUUGGGUCGAGUCGACAAAAUGGAGCGGGCAGGCAUGUAUUAUCAUCUAGCAAAGAUAAUUAUGUGCACGCACACACACACUCACACACACACCUUCUCGUCUUUGUAUUAUAUGCCGCAGACUCUUUUUGGUUUUGGAGAUUGUAGCAUUACUAGGAGAAGAUAUCUGUUCUGUUUGGCUGAUAAACCUGUUGUACCUGGCUAAGUGUUAAGUAUUGGACAAUAAGGCAUCAAUACUCUGGUGUGUUACAACUACUCAUUAUGUGUUGCUCUGUAUUCUGGCAGUCUGCCUUUGACAAUGCACCGUUCAAGAACUGGACGGUGAGUGGUCACCUGGCAGGCAGUGUGAAGACUGGAGGAGGACUCACAUUCAUAGAGGUUGAGAAUGCUGGUCACAUGGUGCCAAUGAACCAGCCUGAGGCGGUGAGUAGGGCUUCUUAAAGAGGUAUAUACUUCACGUGCUCCCUAUACCAAAAUUGCAGCUACUAGCUAAAAGUCACGUCUAGUAUGUCGUACUGUCAUGUGUGUUUGUCUUUCUUUCAGGCUCUGGUCAUCUUGAACAAAACCAUACAUAAUAUGCCAUUUACACCUAACUAACAGUAUAGUCGAUGGACCUGCAGUAUAUUAGCAUUUUAUGCUCCUACUAUACAUUGUUGUUGUAUGGAAUUUUGAAAUAGCUUAUUAUGAUGUCGCAUGCCUUGUAUAUUAACUUGUAUACAACUGCGUGAGGUUAAGUGGUUU